GAGUUUAGCAAACAUAAUCAUUAGGUCUCGGAUACUCUAGUGAGUUUGGUUGAUUAAUGUUAAUGAAUUGGACAAUUAUUGCUAAUACUUGGAUGUUUGAAGUGUAAAAUUGGAAUAUUUAGUUGGUUCGGAGUUUAUUUUCAGUGUUUUGGAGGACUUUAUCAUUUUCCAGCUGUUUGAAAGGGACAUAUUUUAUUUGUAGAAGAAGUGUGGUGACUGUUUAAAUUUGUUUGUAUUAAAUAGUGAAAGAAACUUUAAAAAAAGGAAAAUUCUGCAUGCAAGGAAGGAACACUAUAAACAAAUUUGUGUAAAAUCUGCAAUGAAAGUUGUUAAACCAUUGAAUAAACAGAUCAUUUCAAAAUUGUUUGCCAUUCAAGAUGGUUGUAUGGGACGCUGAAGUUAGCUUUUCUAUAAGUUGGAUUACUGCCAAUGACAUGUCUGCGCCAGAUGUUCGUCGCAGCCAGACAGAAGCGGAGAAGAAUGUGAACAGACUGCGUAACUGUAUGCCUGAGAAGUUGAUGACAUUUUGUAAAAUGCACCUCUCGUUCCUACUAGAACUCGAUGGUAGCAAGCUGGAAGAGAUGUUUAUGGAGUCGUCCAGUGUCGACUGUAACGCCAACAAGAAGAAAAAUGCCACACCAUUCUCCACUAAGAAAAAAGAUCGUACUAGUGGUCCGGUCACUGCUCCGCUGUCGAAGGAAGUUGUGUCCUGUAUGUAUAAGCUGAUCAGUUACCUUCAGAAGACUGAGAAUUUGAAGACUGAGGGUUUGUUCCGUAAGACUGGUAAUGUUACUCGCCAACGCCUCCUGAAGGAGUGGAUCCACCAGGGUGCAGAGCUGAACUUGAAUGACGGUACAUUCUCCCCACACGAUGUUGCCACUGUCCUGAAACAGCUACUUAGUGACCUCCCUGAACCCCUGCUUACCCAGAAACACUUCGAGGCCCAUCAGCAAAUUGUUGACAUGUGUCGCCACUGUCAGUCAGAGAAAGAGAAGGCUCGCGCCGGUGAGAAGCAGUUGAAGGCCCUACAGUUGUUGAUGUUGUUGUUGCCCAGAGAGAACGCCAUCCUCCUCGAGUGUCUGUUUGACCUACUUCACAAAGCUGCCCACGUCUCUGAGAACAAGAUGUCCACCAGUUCCCUCGGUGUUGUCUUCGCACCAAGCUUACUCUGCCCACGAAAGCUUACCCCAGAAGAGAUGCACUCUGUAUCGCCCGUGUUGAGCAAGGUCGUUGCAACCAUGAUUGAGAAAGCCCCGUCCCUGUUUGCCGUCCCUCGUGAGCUUGGUGAUGAUGUAGCCAACUUCUGGCGUGAGAUGGAAGACCCUAACGUUGAUGUUUUCACAUGUGAUAAGGAGAAUGUCGACGACCAUGCCAACAUCCAGAAAGCUAAGUAUGGUAGCUCUAGUGCUGUGAACACAGUCCUGACCUUCGCUGAGAGGAAGUCCCCUGAAGAGUUUGACUCUGCCCAGGACACUCAGGUUGCUCUCGCCCAACUCUACGCCCACGUCCAGGCCAUGCCCGAGUCGGCUAAGAAGAAGAAACUCCUGAAACAGUUCAACCGUGCCAGUGGUGUUCAGCCCAACAGUACUAAGAAGGGAAAGCACUCUCGCAGCCGUACGUUCGGGGAAUCUCUCAAGAAACACUUCCCAAUCUUGUCGAGACACAAGUCCCGAGAUGUGUGCGAGUCAGAGGACAGCGAUGUGACAUGGAGUAUCACGAAACCCAUCAUGGUGGACGACAGCAUUGCAAACAUCUCGUACAUGAAGACCCCUGACAACAGAUAUACUCCAGUACUGAGACACAGUCCAGCUGUACAUGUUGUAGACCUCGGUGCCUCCCCGUGUAACGUAAAACCCAAGAAACGCCUCAGCGACGAAAACAUUGACAGCCAAGUGAAAAACUCCAAGAUCCCACACAUGGAUGCCAGUGCUAGUUACCUCAGGCCCGCUACCCCCAAGAAAACACUCUUCCCCUCCACUCCAGCUGUUCAACGCCCAGUUGCCAUGGUUUCACCUAUUACACAGUCGGUUACCAAGAUGCCAGAACUCACUAAGAAAGCAAUCAUGACCCCGAGAUCACGCUUACCUAUGUUAGUUUUACAGUCGCCCAACAAGUCUUACACGGAGAGUGUCUUGUAAAGUGAUAUAUGCAUAUAGACUUGCAUAACACAACAACCACAAAAUGUGUUCAACUUGAAAAACACUACUCGUGCAUUUUGAUUUUUGUGAUAUGUGCAUAUAAACUUACAUAUUUUGACCACCACAAAUGUGUUCAGUAUUCAGGUACACGCUUUGGACAUGUGUUUUCUGAUCAUGCCUGCGUUAUUAUGUGAUUUGAAGUAAGAAGUGCAAAUAAGAUAUAUAAGUGUGUUAAACUUUCAAAGAAAGUGAUUUGAACAAAGACUUAGUGUCAAACGAAAUGUGCUGAAUAAUCCUAUAGGGUAUGGGAUACUAACUUAUAUUGAAAUGUAUAGUGGUCUGAUAGGCCAUAGUGCUGUUAAAGAGUUGUGUUCCUGUUAAAUGUUUGAGAGUUACACCAUUUCUUGGUAUUUUAAGAUUUUUAGUUCUUGUAGAGGGUAUGACCCAACAUGAAUGGAACCACAUUCAGAACUUGGACAGUUAAUUGCCUAGUCAGCUUUUUAUGAUACGUGAACAUGCUUAUUUAUGUUUGUCUGUGUAUAUUUCAUGUUGUUCUUCUUUUCUUACAUUCCUACUGAUUCUUACUUUGUGUUUUGUUCUGUAUGUUUGUAUUUGUCAACGUCUUACACUUCUAUUUCUAUAUGUUUGUGUUCACAACAUUUCAUGCUUUUGAUAUCAUACAGGAGUUAGUGAGGCAUAAAAUUAAGAAAACUUGCUGUUUGGUUUACCAGCUUUGAAUGUGGUUUCAAUUUCCGCUAAAUACAGUAUUUGUGUUCAGUUUUAAAACAAGUUCAGUUUUAACCUGUUUGGUUUUAGAACACGUUCAGUUUUAAAACAUCUUUGAGCAUUAAUAUUUUGAGUGUUUCUAGUUAUAUGUUUUUUUUCUGUUGUUAUAGUGCUAUACUUGUAUUAUAAAUACAAAUAAUUAGUUUGGUGUUAAGAAUUAUGUAAUAUAUGUAUAUAGAUAUAAAUUCUUAUGAGAGUAUAACUAUAAAAUAAAAAAAAAUAUCUAA